AUGCUGUUUCGAUCUGCCUUAUGCCUUCUCGGCCUGGCGGCCAGCGCUCUCGCGAGCACUCGCUCAGUCGUACCGCGCUCCACUACACCAACCGCCCCAGACACGGAAUACCUAUUCACCGUGAAUCUCGUUGUCGGCACGUCCUACGUCCUAGGCCAGACCCCGCUCGGCCAGCGCGUCUUUGAACCCGUCGUAGGUGGGAAUUUUACAGGGCCGUUACAUGGUACGGUCCUCGGCGGCCUCGACGACGGCCUUAUUGACACCGACGGAACCUUCGACCCAAACUCGGCAUUCCUUCUCCAAACAUGGGAUGGGUGCCAGAUCCUAUGCACGGCAACUGGUCAUGAACCGAAUGUGAUUGCGACUUUCGACACGGCAUGUCCAGCUUAUGACUGGUUGAACAAGGUGGUUGCGUACGGAUCUUUGGUGAAGACUGGUACUGGGAUUCAGGCAGAUGUUUGGCAGUCUCAAAGUGAAGAAAGUAACCUGCCGCAACGACUAUUUCCUAUUUCCCAGCUUGAACUCUGA